AUGUUGAAAGUGUUGAGUGUACACAAUGAGCACAACCAUGGCCUAAGUCCACAGAAAUCAAGGUUCUUUCGUUGCAAUAGAGAAGUAAGCGAGUCUGUAAAGAGAGUCUUAGAUACAAAUGAUCAGGCGGGGAUCCGAAUGAAUAAGAGUUUUGCCUCUCUUGUACAAGGAGCGGGUAAGUAUGAAAACUUGUCAUUUUUAGAGAAAGAUUGUUGUAAUUACAUUGACAAGGCACGCCGCAUUCGAGUUGGGAAAAGUGGCGCUGGAGCCCUCCAUGAGUAUUUUGCUAGGAUGCAAUACAAGCAUGAUGCAUUUUUUGCACUAAUGGAUUUGGAUGAUGACGGAUUGAUUUCUGGUGAGGAUACUGAAACGUUUAUAUGGUUGUUUGAGACUUGGUUGAAUUGUAUGGAUGGUAAUGCCCCGAAGGCUAUUAUCACGGAUCAAGAUAGAGCAAUGAAAAAUGCCAUUGCUACUGUCUUUCCAAAUUGCCGAUAUAGACUUUGCUUGUGGCACAUACUAAAAAAAGUACCUGAGAAAUUAGGUUCCCACAAUGCAUAUAAAACCGGGUUGAAAAGUCAGUUGCUCAAGUGUGUGUAUGACUCACAGACCAUUGAAGAGUUUGAAAAAUGUUGGGACAUGUUACUUACGACUUACAAUUUGCAGGAGAAUGCCUGGUUGCAAUCUCUAUACACUGAGCGUACUUAUUGGGCACCAGUAUUCCUUAAAGAUUUUUUCUGGGCUAGAAUGAGUACAACCCAACGAAGCGAGAGCAUGAAUGCUUUCUUCGAUGGGUAUGUUCAUGCUAAGACAAACUUAAAAGAGUUUGUUGAUCAAUUCGAUAAUGCAUUGAGGAAGAAGAUUGAGAAUGAGAAUGGAGCGGACUUCCAGUCAUUCAACUUCAAAAUCCCAAUUGUAACUGUCUCUCCAUUCGAGAAGAUAUUUCAGGAGUUGUACACAAACUCUAAAUUUAGAGAAGUUCAACAAGAAGUAAUGGAGAUUGUUGGUUGUCUUCCAGUUCUACAACAAAAGAAUGGUGUAAUUGCAAUAUACCAUGUAGAAGAUGAAAUCCAUGUUGAUGGUUUCAUCAAAGAGGUUACCUAUUCUGUAUACUUUGAUGAGGCUGAGUAUGAGGUGAAGUGUUCUUGCAGAUUGUUUGAGAUGAGAGGUAUAUUGUGUAGACAUAUAUUUGCCACUCUGACGGUUAAUCGAGUUCGUACGCUGCCUAAGAAGUACAUAUUGGACCGAUCGAGAAAAGACAUAAAAAGAAAGUACACCCUGAUAAGUAGUAGUUUUGAUGUAGUUGAUGCGAGGCUAGACGUGAGUAGAUAUUCACGUAUAAUGAAGAUAUGUGGUGAUGUCGCAAGUAAUGCAGCUUUAUCUGAUGAACAUGCUCAGGAUAUGAUUGAUAAGUUGCAUGCAAUGAAUGAGGUCUAUCUCACCAACAAGUCGCCAAUCCAAACUUGUUCCAACGUUGCAAUUCCAACAGCAGAUACAACUGCAUGUACGAGUUCGAAGAAAGUACUAAGUCCCCUUAUUGUGAGAGGCAAAUGCAGACCACCAUCUCUGAGGAAAGCUUCCAUAAUGGAGAAAGUGUGCAAACCCAAGACCAGAAAGGCUACGCAAAAGGGAAAACAUAGACAGAUGCAUGGAAGAGAUAUUGAAGUUGUUGACACGCGUAGGAAUUUGUUUGGCGAAACAUUGGUUGGGACUCAAGAGAGUGUUCCUAUUCAGCCGGAUAAUGAGGAUGGAGCACAGCCAGAUCUUAGGGAUUUUGAUUUAUGA